AUGAAACUGUGACCGUCAUUCAUUCAUAAAAAAUCAUGUUUUUUCUUUGUGAUCUUCCAUUUGUAGUUUUUUUAAGUAUGCAGUACUUUAAACAUUCAUUUGGACAAUUCUGCUACGAUGUUAAACCUAAUGGAAGUAAGGUAAACUAUUGUUGUGCAAACUCGGAAUUCAAAAAUGGACAAUGUAUUGAAUGUAAGAUAGGAUUUUACACAGAAGCAGGAGGAAGUUGCAAACCAUGUAACGUUAACUUUUAUGGGUAUAAAUGUAUUGAUUACUGCAGCUGCAGACACAAUCAAUUUUGCGAUAAUGUAAUGGGAUGUGUAGAUGUUACACUUUCCACAUCCACGGAUUAUAUCACUACAGAAUUGAUAACCGUUUCAACGGAAACAACACUUUCAGAGAACACAGAAUUGACAAAAAAAUAUGUUACAUUUCAUGCAACAUAUGAAACAACUUUUCAAGAGAAGCAAACGAAUAAAUCACAGUAUACUACAGCAAUGAUUCGAGACGAAAGUCAUGUAACGCUUCCACUUGUUGUAAACAGUGUCCAGAACCAGUCAAUUAUAUCAAUUACGAAACAACAGCUAAUUGUAUUCUCGUUGUCAGCAGUAGGUUUCUUCUUGCUACUUGGAUUAUUGUUUGUUUGUUUGAGAUAUAAAAAGAAAACAAAAUCAAGACACAUUACAAACCUAUCACUGAAAGAUCCAGGCGAAUUUGCACAUACAGACAAGAAUGAAGAAGCCGAUUCUAAUAAAGACAAUAAAACUAAUAGAUCAUGUAGUUUUGAAAGCUUGUAUGAUGAAAUAGAUGAAUCCUCCAUGAUAAAAUCAUUCAAGAGAUUGCAGAUAAUAAGUCAGACUUCCAAUCCAUACUUGGAUGUAAUAGAUGAACCGCAGAUUCCCACAAAAGACCAAAGUGAACAACUAACUGAUAACGACUACAUUGAUGUUAUCAGUGGUUCGGAGAGUCAUAAAAGUUGCCAAAGUACAACCUCAGACGAAUUCAAUUAUUUAACUCCAGUUACUUCUCACCAAUUAGAUUACUAUAAAGGAUCUCUUAGUAGUCAUAAGAGUUUGAAUGGGGAGGAGGAUGACUACUUACACCCGUACACAUCAGUUCCUUCAACACAAAUCGAUUUAUCAAAAGAAAACGCAGUUACUUCAAAACGUCACCAAGUACAUAACGACAAUUCUUUUUCCGAUGAUGAAAUUAACGACCACAAAUAUUCACAUUUGUACCAACAAUUAAAUGAAGGCUGGGAGACCAAAGCGCCUACUUAUUUGACCACUAUAUCUACACCAAAGCACGAUGCCACAGAGACAGAUGCCAGCACACCUUCUUGUAUAACUCCUUCGACAUUUCCAAAUGAAAGUGUUCCAGUAACUGAUAGAAGUGCUCCUUCCUGCAUUGUUCAAACCAAAGAUCUCUUAGUAAAAGAAGACGAUGUGCCUUCCAGUAAUAUGUGUUGUCCCUCUUUAAAGGUCACAGUUAUAAGUAACAGCACCACUCCAUCAAUUACAUCAUGUCAUUCUUCAGAUAUUACAAUUAAAGACAACAUCGAAAUUGACAUUUCAGAUCCCCUGUUGGAUAUUUCAUAUAGAAAUGAAAAUCAAGAUGAUAUAUUCUCUAUAUUAUGCGAUAUAAAAGAGCAUUCUCUGAACUGCAUGCACGAGGUUUCACUAGAGGAACAAUAAAUUAAUACUUCUACAGAAAGUUGUGCCAUAGCAUCAGAAAAAGUCACCGAUGACUUUCAGUCAAGAAUAUAACUAAAUGUAAAAUGCUAAUCUUCUUACACCAUUCAGUGGCUUAUUUGAAAUCAUAUUUGAUAUAACAAUACUAGAACAGAGUGAAACGGAAACUACGAUUGAUGUAUAGUAAUAUAAAUGUGCAAUAAGAGAACAAGAAAUCAUAAAAAUUAGGAGGCUGGGAAACAAAAUUAAAAAUGUCAUUUAAAAUUAAGAGUAACCUAAAAUGCACGAAAGAGGAAUAAAUGUCGCUAAGAUUUAAAUUUUAAAUAUUUUUUGGGGAAGAAGAAAGGUAAGUACUAUACAUCGAUAAUAACCAUUGAAAUAGACACUGCGUUGUAGCUACAGUUAUUGAUGAAUAUUGCAAAAGUUCUGUGAUUAAUUGUAUCUGCUAUCAACCAGUUAUUUGGUUAAUCAACAUAAGAAUUCAAAAUAAAUUUAAAAUGUAAAAAAAAUGUUCUUUUCUAC